GAGACUGGACUCUAAUGACUUGGUGUGUGACUGUCAGCUCAUGUGGCUUGCUGAGCUGCUGAAGAAAUACAGCAGUGUUGGCAGUACCCAGGCCGCCGCCACCUGCAAGUACCCAAAGGCACUGGAGGGGAGAUCUGUGUCCACCAUCACUCCGGAGGAGUUCCACUGUGUGAAACCUCACUUCACGGCGGAGCCUUCUGAUGUUGACGUAACCCAUGGCAACACGGUGUACUUCAGCUGUCACGCGGAGGGAGACCCCAAACCUGAGAUCGUCUGGCUACACAACAGCAAUGAGGUCCAGAUUGAUGACGAGCGGCACAACAUGUUGGAUGACGGAACUCUGAUGAUACAGGACACCAGGCCGGAGGACCAGGGCAUGUACGAGUGUAUGGCCAGGAACAUCGCUGGCGAAGUCAAGACCAAACCUGCCGAGCUCAGAUACUUCAACAGCCCAGCGAGCCCCACGUUCACGGUUAGCCCCCAGGACACAGAGGUGCUGGCAGGACAGAGUGUCACGCUGGAGUGUAGCGCCUCGGGGUACCCUCUGCCUGAAAUCACGUGGUCCAGGCACGACAGACCGGGCCCCCCUCCCCCGGCGCUGCCGACCGAUCCACGCUUCACCGUGAUGCGGUCCGGAGCGCUACACAUCACGAACGUGCGGCAGGAAGACCACGGGCUGUACCGCUGCAAGGCCGCGAAUGAUCAGGACACCAUCGUGGCCACCGCCCAGCUCAUCGUACAAGCUGCUCCCAGGAUCACAGUCCGGCCCCAGGAUGCUGAUGUGGUGGAGGGGACAUCGGUGGAGUUUGACUGCAGAGCCGAGGGGCACCCCACUCCCGUCAUCGUGUGGACAGUCAACGGUAACCAGCUACCAGACGACCGGCGUUUCACUGUGCUGUCCUCCGGAAUCCUGCGCAUCUCCCGUGUGACCUCGUACGACCGGGGCACGUACGAGUGUCAGGCCGUCAACGUGGCGAGCGUGGACAGGGCACGGGCCGACCUCACAGUCAAGGCCAGAGUGACCCCAACGUUCACGGAGACACCGACAGACCUGACAGUGCAGCCGGGAGGGGAGAUCAGCCUGCCGUGUAGCGCCGUAGGGGAGCCUCAACCAGCGAUCACAUGGAGCAAAGACGGCAUCCAGAUCUCAGAAAGCAGCAAGUACGGCCUGAGUGCCAUCGGACAUCUGAUCAUCCGAGGAGUGGACCAGUCCGACACUGGGCGGUACGAAUGUUCCGCCAGAAACACCAUCGGCUUCGUCUCCACCAGUAUGCAGUUCACUGUGCUGGUGCCACAAAUCACCAACAACUUCAUCGGCGACCCGUUUGUGGGGCCGUCCAUACAGCGGGCCAUCAACAGUGUGGACCGCGAAAUCAACAGGACCCGAAACGACCUCUUCUCAAGACCCACCCGGCCUCGCACUCCCUCUGAACUGCUGCAGUUGAUGCGGUUCCCUCCCUGAAGCCCUGAGCCUGGCACGUGCGGCGGAGGUUUUGAGCGAACGCUGCAGCUGGUGCGACAGGAGGUGGAGCACGGGAUGAAACUCAACCUGGAGGAUUCGGAGUACUCCUACACAGAGCUGAUCUCCCCCAGCCACCUUCGCCUGGUGGCAAACCUGUCAGGGUGUUCCACCCACCAGCAGACGGUCAACUGUUCCGACAGGAUCUGCUUCCACCAGAGGUACCGAUCCUUCGACGGGACGUGCAACAACUUCCAGCACCCCAUGUGGGGGGCGGCCCUCACCCCCUUCAGGCGUCUGCUCAAACCCAUCUACGAAAAUGGCUUCAACACACCAGUAGGAUGGAACAGGUCACACCUGUACUUUGGGUUCUCCAAGCCCAGUUCGCGAGGAGUGUCCACCCAGGUCCUGUCCACUUCCACCACCACUCCGGACUCUAGGUACUCACACAUGGUGAUGCAGUGGGGACAGUUCCUGGACCAUGACCUUGACCUUGCCGUGGAGAGUUCGAGCGAGUUCACCUUCAGCACGGGGCUGAGGUGUAAUGAGACCUGUGACAACACCCCGCCAUGUUUCCCCAUCGAGAUCCCCCGCGGGGACCCAAGGAUUCGACACAGGUGUAUGGAGUUCAGAAGAUCGAGCGCUGUGUGCGGUACAGGCAGCACGUCCCUCUUCUUCAACGAGGUCACUCCCAGAGAACAGAUUAACACCCUGACGUCCUUCCUGGACGCCUCCAACGUCUACGGGAGUAACGACCUCUACGCCACGCAGAUCCGGGACCUAUCCAACCGGCUGGGGUUACUCAAGGGCGGGCUGCGGCAGGCCAACGGGAAGUACCUGCUGCCGUACAACACCGAGCUGCCGAUCGACUGCCAGAGAGGGCAGCACGAUAGCCCCAUCCCGUGCUUCCUGGCGGGCGAUGUGCGCAGCAAUGAGCAGCUGGGUCUCCUCUCCAUGCACACGCUGUGGAUGCGCGAGCACAACCGCGUCGCGAGGGAGCUUCGUCGGCUGAACCCGCACUGGGACGGCGACACAAUCUACCACGAGGGGCGGAAGAUCGUCGGCGCGGAGAUGCAGCACAUCACGUUCGCCCACUGGAUGCCGAAGUUCGUCGGGCAGAAGGGCAUGGAGCUCAUCGGGGAGUACCGAGGCUACGACCCGAACACGAACCCCAGCAUCAUCAACGCUUUCGCCACCGCCGCCUACCGAAUCGGCCACACCCUGAUCAAUCCUAUGAUCUUCAGACUCAACGGCAGCUUCCAGGAGAUUCCGGAGGGACAUCUCCCCCUCCACCAGGCAUUCUUCUCUCCCCAGCGGGUCGUGGAGGAGGGAGGAAUCGACCCGGUCCUCCGGGGACUGUUCGCGACGCCGCUGAAGCAGCGGAACUCGCGCGAGUUCGUGAACACGGAGCUGACGGAGCGACUGUUUGAGAUGGCGCACCACAUUGCGUUGGACCUGGCCGCGCUGAACAUCCAGCGGGGACGGGACCACGCGCUGCCCGGUUACAACGACUGGCGGAAGCUGUGCAACAUGACAGCCGUUAACGACUGGGACAGCUUGAGGCAUCAAAUUUCAGACCCACAGCUGAGGGACAGGCUGCGACAAUUGUAUGGUCACCCGGGAAACCUGGACCUGUUUGUUGCGGGAGCAGUGGAGGAUCUCGUACCGGGCUCGCUGCUGGGUCCAACGUUUCUCUGCAUCAUCACACAGCAGUUCAGGAACAUCAGGGAUGGAGACAGGUUCUGGUACGAGAACCCCGGUGUGUUCAAGCCCUCCCAGCUGUCCCAGCUACGUCAGACCAGUCUAGCUCGAGUCCUGUGCGACAACGGCGACAGCAUAGACAGGGUACAGCACGAUGUGUUUCUGAAUGCAGACUUUCCCACUGGUUACGUCUACUGUGAUAACGUACCCAGGAUGGACCUCACAGCCUGGACAGAGUGCUGCGAAGACUGCGCCAACUCUGCAGAAUUCGGCACUGUGUCUGGAACAUUCCGUAAGCGACGCUCCGCCCGGUAUUCCGAGCGCCCGGAUUCCGUGAACUUCCUGGAGACCGCGAAGCAGAGAAGAAAAACGGCGAAGAUGGGAAAACAGGAGGAAUUUGUAGCCAUGAAACACAGACAUAACGGCGGCAGUAAACACAGGCUCUCCAAGCCUAGACAUGACAGGGUUGACACAGUGGCGGAGUAUCAUGCUUUGGGACAGAACGUUACUCUAACUCAUGAAUCGGACCGUGUGUCGCGUCUGGAGUACGGCAUGAUGAUGAUGCAGGACAUAGCAGGGGACCUGCAGAGAGCGGUCUCGCAGCUCACAAGAAAGGUGCGAGAGUUUGAGGUCCAGCUGGAGCACCUGCAGACAUGUAAAGACGAGGAAGGGAACAGGUACCAGGACGGGGACACCUGGGACCCAGACGACUGCACAGCAUGCAGAUGUCAGGAAGGAAAGGCCACGUGUGUAAGACAAAAGUGUCCAGAGAAGAGCUGUGCGAAACCACUACUGAUACCAGGGGAGUGUUGUCCUGUAUGUGUGUAGCCAAAAUAAGCGCAGCAGUCACUUUAAGGUCUAGGAAAUAGUUCUCAAACUUCCAAAGUUCUGUUUUAUUCAUUUGUUGUCCCCCAGGAGUUAAGAUUUAAUAGCUUUUUUUACAGGAAAGCUUUUUUUUUACAGUAGAGUUCCCUUCCCAACAUGACUUGUACAAUACUUCAGAAUUUCUGUUUCACUUUGUUUCCCCAUAUUCAUUUGUUGUUUUCCUCGAGUUACAUGUAAGAUUAGCACAAGCAUCUUUUUUUUUUCCAGGUCUUUUUUUUCCAGUUUCCUUCCCUGCAUCAAGUAUUGUACAACUUUGUAUUAAGAUUAAUGUACAUGUAUUUGCCAUGGCUAUGUCAUGUCAUCCUUUUUAUCCAUGUUGAGUUUAUACAUUUACAUUAGAAUAUGUUUUUUUCCUUUUUUUUUUUCAAAUUAUACCUUUAAAAAGUACAAAGCAGUAUGUUGUCAUCAGGAAUUUGACUACUGAUUGAUAUAUAUGGCUUUUGGGAUUGCUUAAAUUCAGCUUGGUGCCAGAAAGGGUAAUUUAGGUGAUGUUUGGUACUUAAAAAGAGACAUGUA